AGCUUAAGGUGAGACUGAGACCAGGAAGUGAGAGUGGAGGCUGAGAAGGACGAGUCAAGCCCAGGCAGUGGUGUAAAGGUGACGGGACAUCUAGAUUCCUGUUUUCUUCUUUCUUUAUUCCUGGGCAGGUGGAAACACCUGAACAUGUGGAAUCCUAAUCCCGGGCAGCCGGGGCCAAAUCCAUAUCCCCCUAACGUCGGGUACCCUGGAGGUUGCAAUCCUGCCCAUCCACCACCUGUCAACCCUGCCUUUCCUCCAGGCCCCUAUCCCCCUCCCCCAGGAGUUCCCCAGGGGAAUCCAGCUUUUCCUCCAGGUGGGCCUGGUCAUCCUGUGCCACAAUCUGGGUACCCAGGAUGCCAACCCUCAGGUCCCUACCCCCCUCCAUACCCACCACCUGCCCCUGGCAUGCCUCCGGUGACUCCAUUGGCCCCUGGCAUGAUGGGACCAGGAAUGGUGAUGGACAAGAAGAUGCAGAAGAAAAUGAAGAAAGCUCAUAAAAAGAUGCACAAACACCACAAGCAUGGCAAGCAUUCCUCCUCCUCCUCUUCCAGCAGUGACUCUGACUGAAUACAGGGCCUGGACCCUUCCCUCAAGUCUCUCCAGUUCUGCUCUCCCAUCAAGCUUCAGAUGCCAUCUUGUACUGGGGGAAUUAGCCCCGGUGUCCACUCCCCCACCCCCCCACCCCCCGCAAUCUGAGUCUCACUCUGCUGUUCAACCCUAACUGGCUAGGGAAAAUGGGAAAAGAAUUGCCAUGGGCGAGCAAAGGCCAUCUUCUCACUGCUGAGAUAAAACUUUUAGCUGAUGAGUUUUGCAGAAGAACUAUUUUUUUUUUUGCAGAUGGUGAGAUCUUUGAGCUAAAUGCUAAAGACAAAUCUAAGAUCUGUAAAAUGUGAUUUUUUUUAUUUCCUUUUGUAAUACUUAAUGACUGGGGAGGUGUUGUGGAAAUUUAGUAAUGGGAAAAAGCCCAACCUGUACCUUUCUUGUAAUCGUGGCAUGCUUCAGUGAUUUAGUGGCAAAUAAACAUUGCCUAGCAGGACUUUGUUGAUUGCAGUCACUGCAAGGCUGCUGGGAAGUGUAGCCCGUUUGGCUGAUGACUGCCAUUUUAUUUUGGAAACUAAUUUGCUUUUUAACUCAGCAUGCUAUCUCAGGUCCUCCUCUUCCUCUCCAACUGUCAGUCCAAAUAAAGCUGUUUCUGUUGGUCUCUC